AUGACACUUCCAAGAGCAUCGCUCGCCAUGAAUCUCAUAGCACCGGAAACUCCAGAAUCGCGUCUCAGGAGUGAAACGGGUAGUCCCGAUGCAACAGCAGGGAAACAAGCUUCGAGUGGAGAUACAGAUCCUUUUAUGGAUCUAUUGUUUUCAGGCUGGAACCCUGACCUCCCCGAACCCUCUGUCCUCGACCAUUACAUCGACGUCUUUUUCAAAUGCGAUCCGUGCGGUUCUCGAGUGCUCCAUAAACCAUCAUUCCUCGCCGCCAUGAAGUUAACACCCAAAGAUCCCGAUUUCCCCCACUCUGCAAUCCUCCACGCUAUAUGCGCCUCGGCAUCGCGGUGGUAUCCUCAAAAUGUUAUAACGUUGCCAGAUAGCACGCGCCGGGAUCAAUUCGCGGAAUUCCAUGCCAGCAAGACACGACAAUACAUUGACAAGACGAUGGCGAGUGGCGAAGACAUCUUCUCUGUCAUGCAAGCUUGCAUUUUACUCUCCUGGUACUUCUAUCAGGAAGGACGCUGGGUGGAGGUCUGGAUUUUCGCUGGUUUCCAAACCAGGGUUGCCGUCCCCCUCCGCCUGAACUACCCUGGAACCUUCUCAACCCAUGGAAACAACUCGCCAGGAGCAUAUCUAGCGCCUCCCAAGGAUCUCCGUGAUCUAGAAUCGCGGAGGAGAACCUGGUGGAUGACGAUCCUUUUUGAUCGCAUAGCCUCAGUAGGAGGAUGGAUACACGCAGUUGACGAGAGGGAUUUAGGGACGGAGCUACCGCUCAGAACAGAAGACUUCGAGUCAGGUCGACAGAUCCCUAGCAACACCCAACAUUUGGGACAGGCGGACGUCUAUACUCGCCACCCACCCCAAUACACGGAUUCGUUCUUACUGCUGAUCAAGGCGGUCAUGUUGUUUGGGAAAGUGACAGACUUCAAUGUUCGAGGGAACUUGCGUGCGCCCACAGCGCCCAGCAAGAACCAGAACCCUUUCUCCCUGGCUGGCUUCAAAGAACUGGAUCAAUUGGUCUGUGAAGACUUUAUUGCCAACCUUCCCCAAAUCUUCAGAACGAACAACGGCGUAACCCAAUCACCCGAUGGGGGCAGUACUUUGGAUACUGACCUUUACAUGGUCCACAUCAUCCCACAUGCCGCAACCAUUACUUUGCAUAACCCUUAUAUCGAUUUCGCUGAUCCCAGCAACAUCUCCAUGACACGCUGCGUUAACUCAGCGAAGCAAAUCUUGAAUGCGUUUUAUACGGUUUCUCAAGCGUCUCUUGACAUCACUCGACUCCAUCCCUUUGUGACAAUUUGUUGGUAUCUUGCCGCCGUGGUAUUGGUCCAACUAUGCAAACAUUAUAUCGAAACGGACGAACAAGAGAAGGAGGCCCGUAUUUGGGGUGAGAUCAACGUGCUCAGGUGA